AUGGUAGGCCUGAGUCGUGGACCCAAUAGAGAAAUCAACACUUGCACCCCGUUUGAAGCCGACGCACGAGAGCGAAGCACUCUUGGCUUCGGUCAAGAGCCGAAAGCAAACCGGAUUCCAUCCUCAGCCCUGUCCACUCCCUCUUGGAGUUGUAUCCCACGUGCUUCUCUCAGCACGUGCUUCUCAGCUCUUUUGCGCUUCACUUAUUCUCUCUCUGUCUCUGCGCCUUCUUCUCUAAAGAAAGAUACUUUUAUUCUCCAAAGAGAAGUGUGGCAGAUAAUCAAAAGGGUUAGCUUCGUUCGCCAGCUCAAUACUUAUGGAUUCAAGAAAGUGGAUCCAGAUAAGUGGGAAUUUGCGAGCGAAUGGUUUCUGAGAGGGCAAAAGCAUUUGUUGAAGAACAUAGCGAGGAGGAAGCAUAAUAAGAGUCCUUAUGUUCAAGUGAAAGCCGAGGAUUUACAUGACGAAGAAAUAGUGAUGGAAAUAGCUCGGCUAAAGGAGGAGCAGAAAUCGUUGGAACAAGAGCUGCUAGGGAUGAACAAGCGUUUAGAAGCCACCGAAAGACGGCCGCAGCAAAUGAUGGCGUUCCUCCACAAAGUCGUCGAAGACCCCGACUUACUUCCCCGUAUGAUGCUCGAAAAGCAACGGACACGACUGCUCAACGCCAACAAGAAGCCGCGGUUGACCAUGAUGCCCAACUCAUCGUAUUCACCAUCUUCAAGCGUCGCGGUCUCUUAUAACGAUUCGGCUAAAUCCGAAGAGGAAGAAGACUGUCAGCCGGGAGUCAUUUCGUCGCCGGAAAUCGGGUUUUUCCCCUCGAGUUAUCAAUUUUCGCCGUCUCCUGAUCAGGAUUCGAAAGAAUUGUUGGGGCAAAAUAUACAACUGAUGAACUACGGUCGAUCCACGGGAACGAGUCAAUUACCGGCGGUUCUGCUGACUCCGACGGUGAUUGGUAACGGCAUGGUGUCUCCGUCGGGGACGAGAAAAGCAGCUGGGUAUGGUGAUAGAAAUGGGCAAGUGGGUUAUUUCGGAGAAAUGGCGGCGGCAUGGGUGGAGCCGCGUCCACGACCGCCGUAUCCAUUUUCACUAUUAGAAGGUGGCUUUUAGUCGGUUGCGUCACAUAAUAUGUCUUGGAUUCUGUCUUUAAUAUACUGAUUUUUGCUUCUAGUUUUA